AUGCAUUGGCAUGCAUUGCCACCGCGACGUGUGACCGCAGUUCGAAAUUUCGUCGUCAACACCGGAUUCAGUCGGUCGGCUAAAGGUUCAAUGAAAACUCCUCCGACAUUCGCCGUUCGCUCCGAUCCACAUUAUCGCCUCAAUAGUCGUAUCGUUGCGUCGAAUUUCACGUCGCGAGCACACUAUACCUACAGCAGCAGGAAACGUUCUAUCGCAAUCGAUCCGACGACUCUCCUCAGCACGUGUGCCGCCGCUGUGUCCGUCCGAGAUAACCACAUCGCGAAAUAUAAUCGAUGUCGAGAUAGGUGUUGA